GGUGGAUUUCUUUGUUCAAGAGAUCCCCUUUCGCCACUUCACUUCUUUUUCGCUCUUUGUUCCACCGUUUUGAAUAUGGUCAGGCGAACAUUGAGUAAUCCUCAUUCACCGUUUCGAAUAUGGUCAGGUGGAUGUUGGAUCCUUUUUCUCUCUUUUGCCCUGCUGUUGCGAAUGUGGUCAGGCAGGCAUUAGACCUUUUUGGGAAGCUCUUUAUUCGCUGUUGCGAAUAUGGUCAAGCGAACAUUGGGUUGUCCUCAUUCACUGUUUCGAUCUGGUCAGGUGAAUGUUGGACUGUCUUUUGUCCCACCGUUGCGAUUUUGGUCAGGUGGACAUUAGACUUUCGGGAGGGCUCAUUAUUCGCUGUUGCGAAUAUGGUCAGGUGGAUUUUGAGCCAUUCUCAUUCGCUGUUGCGAUCUGGUCAGGCGAAUGUGAACUCCCCUUUCUUGUUGAGAGAGCCCGACAGAGUCCCUGGGAGGCAUUCCUCACUACUCUUUCCUCUUUUGUCCCACCGUUGCGAAUAUGGUCAGGUGGACAUUAGACUUUUCUUCGACCCUUUGUUUUACCGUUUCGAUCUGGUCAGGUAAACAUUGGGUCAUCCUCAUCUGGUGUUGCGAAUAUGGUCAGGUGGAUGUUGGAUCACUUUUUUCUUCUGUUCUGCUAUUUCGAUCUGGUCAGGCAGACAGUCGUUUCCUUACUCCACUCUUGUUCACUGUUUCAAUCUGGUCAGGUGAGCACUGAGUUUUCCCCAUUCACUGUUUCGAUUUGGUCAAGUGAAUGUGGGACGUUUCUCUUUUUCCUUCUGUUCUGCUGUUUCGAUCUGGUCAGGCAGACAGUCAUUUACUUGCUCUACUCUUGUUCACUGUUUCGAUAUGGUCAGGUGAGCACUGAGUUUUCCCCAUUCACUGUUUCGAUCUAGUCAAGUGAAUAUGGGACGUUUC